GGCGGCCAAGCGGUCCUACAGCUUGCAAGAAAUGAAGGACAACGGCGUGGAUGCCACCCAAUUUCUGAAUCCCCAGGAUAGCACCCUGGACUUCGUGAAGACGGUGCUGGCCGGAGUGCUGGCGCUGGGUGGCGCCGCCUUCAUCUUGGCCGCGAAGCCGGGGCCCGGCUUCGUGGUCUUCGCGACGCUGGUUUCGCUGACAAUACUCUUCUUUGACCAGGUUCUCAACAAAGGCUUCGGUGAGCUGCUGCUGCUGGACACCUUGGGCCGCUCCGUCAGCGCAGACUACGGGCAGCGGGUGGCCUGCCAUGAGGCGGGCCACUUCCUGGUGGCCUACCUCCUGGGCGUCAUGCCCAAGGCCUACACGUUGAGUGCCUGGGAAGCUUUCUCCAAGUACAACUCCAUGUCCACCCAAGCGGGCACCGUCUUUCUGGACGAGGCCAUCCAGCGCGAGAUGCAGUCAGGCCAAGUCUCUGGCAAGACCUUGGACAGCUUCGUGGGUGUCGCCUUGGGCGGCAUUGCCGCGGAGUACGUCACCUAUGGCCAGGCCAAUGGCGGCAUGUCCGACAUCAUCCAGCUGGAGGCGCCAGCGAGGUCUCGUCGACGCAGAGGACUGGAUGGGCAGCGGACGUUGCGAGCCCCAGAGCCGAGCGGAUGAAUUCCAAAUGGCUGGAAAAGGUCAACCAUUUCCACUCAUGGAAGGCCUUGUUUGAUGCCCUAAAGUUCGACCAGAACCAGACCAACGUGCUGCUCCGGAGCAGCGUCAUGAACACGGUGGCCAUCUUGCGGGAGAAGCAGAAGGCCCACACCGCGCUGGUGGCGGCCAUGCUGCGCGGCGACUCCGUGGGGCGCUGUAUCGAGGUCUUGGAGCAGCACCUCUGAGAGUCGUCAUGCCCUGGGCGAGGAAAAUUAUUGGUUUUCUGUUUCUGUUGGGAUUUGUGCCA